AGGACGAGCAAUGGUUUUGACCAGCAACAAAGAGGGUAUAAAACUCAGUGUCCGGGCAUACGAAUCACAUCACAGAUUCAUUUCUGGACGAACAUUCACUCCCAAAAAGGAUGUAUAAGCUGAUCUGCCUCUCCGUGGUACUGGCUGUAGCCGCAGCUGAUGGCUACUAUGAUAAUGGAUACGGCGGUGGAUUUGGUGGAAAAGGAGUUGCGGGUGUAGGAUUUCUGGGAGGAAAAGGUAUCUAUGGAGGCGGUCUCUAUGGAGGAAAUUUCUUUGGAGGCAAAGGUGGAUACGGCAACUUUCUAGGUGGAUAUGGUCUUGGAUAUGGUGGUUUACUUGGUGGAUAUGGAGGUGGAUAUGGUGGGUACGGAUUAGGAUAUGGUGGAUACGGAAGUGGUUAUGGUGGAUACGGAGGUGGAUACGGAUUAGGAUUUGGUGGUUACGGAGGUGGAUAUGGUGGUUUAUAUGGCGGAUAUAGGGGUGGAUACGGAGGUCUGUUCGGCGGGUAUGGAAACGGAUAUGGUCGUGGAUACGGUGGAGCUAUAACAAUUAUUUCAGGAGGAAAAGGACUUCGCGGUGGCAAAGGGUAUUAUUAAACAAGGAUUUCGAGCCGCUAGGUGUUCUAAUACUUUAACGUAUUAUACAGCGUUUUCAUCGUGAUGUAUCAAUGAUGUUCAUUCAACAUUCAUUAAAUUCUUAACAACCUGA